GCCAGAUGCUCAGCUCAGUGAGCCCGACUCAGCGAGGAAAACGGCAAGGGCGGGAAUCCGGGAUAACAGCGGAUCGGUACUGCAUCCGCGGAUCCAGGAGCAGACCGGGGUCAAUUAAUCGGGAUUCAUCCAGGGGCAUCUUGGAUGUUGAAAGUUGCAGAUCAGUACACGAGCGGCAGUUGACAGAACUGUGGACCCGGCAUCAGUUCACGAACACCAGGAGCACUGAGUCCGAAUAUAAGUCCGGAAUCCCAUCGGGGUCUGCAACUGGUCCAGGAUCAUUCCAUUAGUCGGGAUCACAGAUCAAUCCAGGAACAGCAGAUCCGGGAACGCACUGGGUCAGUAGGGAUCACAUCGGGUUCCACCCAUGAAAAACGCAUCCGGAAUCAAACUGGAUCAACCAGGAUCAAAUCGGGAUCAAACCGGGAGCGGCCCGGGAUCCGUCCAGGAUCUAAGUGGGAUCAAUGCACGACCAUCGGAUCCGGGAUCGGAUCGGGAGCAGCCCGGGGUUGCGGCGGGAUCCGCCCAGGAACAAGGUCUCCAGGAGGCGGCCGGGGGCAAGGAGGUGCCGCAGCCGAAGGCCUGGGCUGGGUCACGGAACCGCCUGUCCCACAAUCUGGGCACCGUGGUCCGAGUGAGGGAGAAGAAGGGCAGGCUGAGGGCGGCCAUCCCCUACAUGCCCUUCCCACUGGCGGUCUUCUGCCUCUUCCUCAACACCUUUAUCCCUGGAAUGGGGACCUUCCUGUCAGCCUUCACGGUACUGUGCGGCGCCCGUACGGACGUUCCGAACCGCCAUGUGUGCUGCGCCUUCCUGCUGAACGUGGUCGCUGCGUUCAUUCAGAUUGUCACAGCGGUGGUAAUCGUGGGCUGGAUCAUGAGCAUCUUCUGGGGAAUGGACAUGGUCGCCCUCGCCACCUACAGGGAACAUGGAAUUACUCAACAGCUGUAGUUCUCCAGGGGUCUUCGGAAAGUUGAAGGCAUCUCCACCUGUUCCCCACCUGCAACAGUGAUUGGUCACCCCCCCGUCAGGCACCUCGGAAGACCCCCAGCACCCAGACUUCAACUGGGCCGAUUGAGGAGGGAAAACAAAAUUAAACACGGAGCAACAGAACAAUUCUCCCUCCCCACCCCAUUUUCACCCAAUCACCCUCCCUCCCCUCCCACCCCAUCUUCACCCAAUCACCCUCCCUCUCUUCCCACCCCAUCUUCACCCAAUCACCCUCCCUACUCUUCCCACCCCAUCUUCACCCAAUCACCCUCCCUCCCCUCCCACCCCAUCUUCACCCAAUCACCCUCCCUCUCUUCCCACCCCAUCUUCACCCAAUCACCCUCCCUCCCCUCCCACCCCAUCUUCACC